UAAUAACGGGGGAGGGGAACAAAAUCACUAAAUAAACCACAGUCAGAAAGAAAUGAAUGCCACUUAAACGGCUAUGAACACCAUGCACCGUACUUACCUCCUGCUGACACCGGUACUAACCCUGUUACUGCCCGGGUAUGUGACCCCUGCCCUGUCCCCUGUGGCAUAUGUGGUGUGGAGUGUAGAAGAUGAAAGGCAACAAGCCCAGCUACUGUGUCUGGUUCAGGGCUUGUCGGACGUGGGAGUUACCAUCUGGUUUUCUAGUGGCAACGGUACCAGUCAGGGAACUGUGUGGGCGGUCAGCCUGGCACCAUCAGCCAAACUAGUGAUGGGGAGCCAAGAGUUUAUAUUUUCGUCUGGUUCCCUGCAUCCUCAGCUUGUGUCACAGAGUGGCAGGAAGAAUACCACUAUCCCUUUGCCCAGCAAGGAUUUGCUGUCAGUGUCACGUUAUAUUGGUGACCCCUCCCCAGUGCCCAGCCAGGGUCUCAGCGCAUUUGUUCUGCUUUCCAUCUCUGGUGAUGAGCUAAAGUUGUGGGACUCUGUCAUCUGCUCUGUAGCUGAGGAAGGAAGUGAGAAAGUGUGGGCAAGCCGAAGCCUUAGUUACCCAGGUGAGAAUCGUGGUGCAGAAACGUGUAGUGAGGAUCAUUCUCUGAAAUCAGAUCUGCAGUUUCUAACCUUCAGGCUCCUGAUCUUCAAAGUUGCCACAUUUGACCUGCUGAUGACCUGCGCUGCUUUUCUGGAAACCUGGUGGGAUGUGACCCACAGAGAGAUGAGAAAUGAUGUCAAGGAAACCCCUUAACUUCUGUUACAUGACAGUGAUGUGUGUCUGUUUUAUCAAAAAAUCUUAUGAAAAUGGAGAAAUGGCCACUACUCUGCCUUCAUGGCUACUACAAGCUGAUAUAUGGGUGGCUAUGGCUCGUGCGUUAAGUUUGCUAGAAGUAAGCUUUUUGUACUCGCCAUGCAGCGCAUCUUACAUAUUGAAAGUAAAAAGGUUACUGCACAAACAAUUACCCGAUGUGUGCAAAAAGCCAAAAUAUCGAAUAUCGCAAAUGCAUUAACGUAUUCACCCAUAGACUUCAAUGGAGCGUGAAAGUGGGGAAAAAACAUAACACCCUACUCACGAGCAAACCCAAUCACAUUUUCUUAUAUAUAUAUAUAUAUAUACUGCAAAAUAAAUCCGCACUCACUGGACUUUAAAUAACAAAACUUUUUGGGGGAUUAAACCGUCCCCUUCAUCAGACCAAACUUGUUUGUUCUGAUGAAGGGGAUGGUUUGAUCCCCGAAACGUCACAACAAUAAACCACGUUUUGUUAUUUAAAGUCCAGUGAGUGAGGAUGUCAAUGAGGAGGUGAGAGUGCUUACCCCACAACUAUUGCUAUAUAUAUAUAUACUGGACAUUAUAGAAAAAAAUCCUGUUGUUUUUACAGAAAAAAAACUGGCAUCUUAAUCUGGUAAAUCCAACAUCUUUUUUUCUGUUGUUUUUACAAAAAAGGGCUGCCCUAAUUGCCAGAAUAAUUCUGUAAAAAUGUAAACAACUUUAGUUUUAAACCGUACAUUUUACUGUUUAGAACUCUUGUAAUUUACAAAAAAUAAUCAACUGGUAAAUCCAACAUCCCUUUUCUUCUAAAUUAGCAAUAGCCAUUCGCUGCAUGACACAUCACAUUUUCUCCUUUUUUGGGGGGGGGGGGGGGUAGGGGGCUAAGGCAGUGGCUUUUAAAUAAUAAAGCGAAAAAUUGCCGCUGCCAUUACUCACCUCAUUUUCCUUGCCGGGAGCAAGUGCAGUGUUUUACAUAGCGAUGUUAUUCAUGAAACACAAUGUGCCCAAAUACAAUUAAAAGAAUUAGUUAAUAUAUAGAGUGUCUUUUGCAUUGUAAUGACGAGUUUUACUGUUUAAGAAACAUUUAAAUAAAAAAAUAAAUUUUCUGUAAAAUGUA